AUGCUUACCAUCCGUCUGUUCAAAGUAGCAGUUGGUGUUUUGUUGCUGCAGUUUGUUGGAUAUCUGAUAAUAAAUGGAUACACACAUUCUUGGAACAUAUACUCUUCACCGUGCGGCAACGGGGACACAAUGCAAUUAACCACAGUUGGAAAUCUUUCCAGCAGUACAGUAAGCAAUAUCGUCGACCGCGAAAUGUACGUCAAUUCAGUGAUACAUGAGGUCACCGCUUUGAUGAAGGCUCAGUUAGAGUCAAACUUCACAGUGAAACCAUAUUCAUGGACAACACGGUGUGCGCCUAAUUCGAAAUCAAAAGAUGCAUGUGUUCAACAAAACUGCACACAGCUGAGCAACAACUUGACUGAGAGAAUCCAAAGUUUGUACUCUGAGAAGACGAUCUUGACCAAAGAGCAAGAUGACCUGCUCGGAUCCGUCGCUGCAGAAAUUCCCGAAAACGACGUCAUUAUUUUAUCUGCUGCCUCGAGCAACCAUUACGAUGAGAUGCAGGCCAUGUUACACUCCCUCCACAGCAUGGUCUUCCCAGAACUGUCGAAGACUGAAAACUUCUCGCUGGUUCUGUGGGAUAUCGGGCUAACUUCAGAUCAACGACAGAAGACGAAAAAAUGCUGUCGUUGUCAGUUAAUUUCUUUUCCUUUCGAGAAGUUUCCAAAGCGCCUGAAAGAUCUACAUACUUAUAUGUGGAAACCAAUGAUUAUUCGUAUGGCGCUAUUUCGUGCCAGAAAGUAUGUGGUGUGGCAGGACGCAAGUAUUAGGUACGUUCGUUUUCCUGGACCACUUUUUGAAAGGGCGAUGCACCUUGGAGUGCAACUUGUUAGAGAUUUUGGGAUGACGGCCACAACUACACACUACACCCUUCCAGAGACGUUCGAUUACUUUGGGCAGAAGGUAUGCAACUUCAGUCCCUACCCAGAGAUCGCAGCAACAUUUGGUGUAUACAAGCAUGAUCCGUUUGUACUUACAGCCGUGACCAAUCUCUGGGCCAGAUGUGCCUUUGAAGAGAAGUGCAUGUCCCCGAGGGACACAAUGCCUUCCCUCCGUUGCCGUUACGGGCCUUGUCACAGGUUCGACCAAUCAGCGUUGACAAUUAUAACAACCACUUUGUACGGCUCGAAGAUCUACAGAAUUGUUCGACCCCCGGAAGAUUUACCACAGUAUAUCAUCAUCCGCAGAGACGACAAGAAAGCUAAUUACUUUUACAGCAUCGGUUGUCUUAAAUGA